UCCUAUGGUAAGAAAGGUAGUUGGGCUGAACCAUGUUACGGCAAACAUUGCAAAUGUUACAGUUCUACCUAACAGGCUGUUUCCUUACACAGCGAUCCGCUGCCCCCCUGGGUACUUCCGGUGCGGACACGGACAUGCCUGCACCCUGACCUGGAGGCGGUGUGACGGGAGGACGGACUGUUCGGACGGGAGUGACGAGGACGGUUGUGAGUGCCUGACGAUUCCUGUGGAUUUCAACCUCGGCGGUAGACUUACAAUGUUACCCAAUCAGCUGGGUCAGACGACGUUUGAGGAGAUACAGAAUUCCUCUGUCGUGGAGCUGCUCAACAGUUCGUCCGCAAACGGACAGGACCGACAUCCCGAGUUCCGGGAAUUCGCAUCUACAGUGAUAUUCCCGCGAUGUGGUGUACCCAAAGAGAACGACACUACCUGCUCUUUGUCUCAUCAUGCAGACAACGCGACCUCGUGCAUGAACAAACCACUGCUACCGUGCCGUUCGUGGUGUGAGGAAGUCCUCAACAUGGCUGAUACCCAGAUGAAGAAGCGGUUCGAAUUCCCUACCUGUGACUUGUUUCCACCACCGCAGCACGGCUGUUGGAACCCUGAACCAGCGACAAGGAACGGCGAAGUUUGCUACCACGGUGGCGGCAUGAACUACCGCGGCACCCGGAGUACAGCCAAGUCCGGGGCAGAGUGUGUGAAGUGGUCCGCAGCACAGGAAGGGUUCUACACAGCCGCGUACCCCUGGGCCAACAUGGACAACAACUACUGCCGUAACCCUACCGGUCUUAAGCGGCCAUUUUGUCUGGUGGAAGAUGGCAGCCAGCAGGAAUGCGACGUCGUUUCCUGCAAUACGAGAGGCUGCUGGGACAUCGGUCCUCCUGACUACGGCAAUAGAAGCCCUAUGAAGAGGUUCUACUACGUGGGAGAAAUGAUCGCCUUCACCUGCAACGAGGGGUACCACAUAGAGCCCGGGUAUCCUACCGAACUGAGAUGCGUCGAGGGAGGCAUGUGGGAGGAUAACAAGCCCAGUUGUUCAGUGGAUUUCAAGGAUAGGCUGAAAGACGACCUGCUCGAUGGCUACAAUCUCAACCUGGCACCUGGUUCUGACAGCCGUCAAAUCCGACCCGUCAUCAGCUUUAAUGGAUCUGUAGAACAGAUCGUCGGCUUGACAUGGCAGGACAGCCGGCUGAGCUGGGAUCCAAAGUACUACAACAACAUCUCGAAUAUCAGCGUCCCUGGCAGCAGCAUCUGGACCCCUACUCUUACUCUGAAAAGGAAUGCUGAUCCUUUAUACCAAGGCCUACCAAAGGACGUACCGGUCUGGCUAAGUAGCAAUGGUCAGGUAACCUGGAGGGUAGAAACCCUGACCACCACCGUGUGUGAUGCGGACCCCUUCUACUUCCCUGAAGACACCAUGGAAUGCAACAUCUGCUUUGCUGCAUUUUCUGCAAACAUCGAAUGCCAAGAUGGCAGUCCCUGUGGUGUCCUGUCUAACCAACAACUGGAGGGCGAAUGGUACCGGAAGGACAUGCUCUUUGCAAAAGACAAGACGGAGGCGUGCUUCACUGUUCAGCUGGAGAGGAUCCCGCUGUUCCACAUCGCCACUACUGUUGGACCCUGCGUCAUCCUGGUGGCACUGAUGGUCAUCACAUUCGUCAUGCCACUGGACAGGGGGGACCGGAUCUCGUUCGGAGUGACCAUUCAACUCUCCAUGGUCGUGUCUCUCGUGUUCGUGACGGAUGUGCUUCCUGUGAAGGGAGCGCUGCCAUUUUUCGCCGCGCUGAUCGUCGUGUGCAUGGCGCUGAUGGGACUUUUCCUCUUCUUUACCUUGGGCAUCAUCAGCAUUCACGACAGGGAGGGGAGCCUGUCUCCAAUGGCGAAGACCUUCUUUCUCCGCUUCAUGGCAACGUGUCUUCUGCUCGGAGACCUGACAGAGAAGAAGGUUGGAAGCGACGAUGGAGAGACUUGCCCCAGCAGCAAGAAGCGGACCAAUCGCGCCCCCCCUGCCGAUGACUUGGUGAUGGUCGCCGUGCAAAGCCCGGCUGAUGUCCGCGAGCACGCCCGUCAGCCGUCCGGGCCGCCCACGCGCCUGGAGGCCGCGGUCUCACGCCUGGAGGUUGCCGUGUCCUCCGCCUCCCGUAACAUGGAGGAGCUGGCCGAGGCCAUGAAGAACGAACAGAAGGUGUCUGACUUCACUCUGCUGGCUAAGGUCCUUGACAGGCUCUGCCUUGUCAUGUACGUCAUCAGCAUUGCCGUGGCCGUGCCCUUGACCAUGCACCUCGGCAAGUAAAUUAGCGUGGGGUAAACGUGUCUUAACACAACCCAAAAGUGCGACUUCAGGGCUCGAAAUACUGGGUGCAUGUGCACCUUAUAGUGCACCCAAAAUUGGAGCUGUGCACCCAUUUUUUUUCUGUGGGAGCA